AUGGAUUGUUUGUUGCCUGAUGCUUCUACUUCUACUAGUCAAAAUGUAGAUACUCGUGGACCUAAAGUUUAUCCUAUAGGUUUUUUAUUUAAUUUAUUAAAAUUAUUUUCUCUCAACAAAUUUUUAGAUCAAGAUGUACCGAAGACUUUCUUUCAAACUCCAAAAUCCGUUGUUAGACCUACACUUCCUGACCAAAUUUGUGUGAACAGUGAAAUGUCAAAGUUCCAUAAACCAUCUCUGCCGGUGAUUAAAAAACAGCUUGAACAACUUCGAAAUAAACUUAGCGAGAUUCCAAACGUUGAAUGGAGACGUCAUAUUGAUUAUUUAAUAACUUUAACUAUACAACAACAAUCAGAUAUAGAUUUACUUCGUACUUGUUCUUUAGGAUAUGAACAAUGGGCUAGUGGUCAAUUAAAGAAGUUUGGCAGUUUAUUGUGUGAACAUGCAAAUUUGACUUUUCAAAAGAAGAAAUUGGAAGAACAUGAAAAACUUCUAGUAAAGGAAAAGAAUGUUAUUGAAAGUAAAGUUGAAAUUUUGGAGAAGGAAAGGAAAAGAUUGGAAGGUGAAGUUAAAGACUUGAGACCUUACAAGGAAAAAUAUAAGGAUUCGCUUAAAGAAAUGGAAAGGUUAAAAUCUUCUAAUGAAACAUUCAAAAAAACUGCUAAAUUAAAUGAAGAAAAAUUAUCCAAAACAAAUGAAUUGACAAAAAAUCAGUCUUUAAUUGAAGCUGAAAGAAAUAAUUUAAAAAAACAAUUAGAGGAUUUACAAAAUAAAGAAAAUGGGAAAAUUAAGGAAUUGGAAGAAAAAUAUAGUUUGGCACAAAAAAGAAUAAAAGUUUUGUUGACUGAAUUUAAAUGUGAAGAUGAAAAGAAGGAUAGUUCUGACGAAAGUGCUCUUAAACAAAAAAUUAGUGAAUUGGAAGAAAAACUCGCUAAAGAAAAGAAAUUGAGGACUAUGGAAGUUAAAACGAAUUCUUCAAGUGAGAAUAAUGACCCACAUGAUGGUUUGUCCCGAACGACGAAGCGAGAACUUUCUUUGCGCGAUGCUGAGAUAAACCGACUUAAAGUUGAAUGUGCAGAGAAGGCAGAGGAAUUAAUUGAGGUUAUUUUUUGUGUUCUUUUUUAUGUACCAUCCUCUCUCCUAUCAAAAUUGCGUCCCUUCCUUGUUUUUGUAUAUUCCAUCAGUGUAAAGGUUUAGCGGUUUUUGUAUUAAUCAAGAAAAGAGGCAUUUUAGGACUUUUUAGAUUCACGAUUAUUGGGAAUUUUGUGGUCGGGAUUUCUGUUAGUCUUUGGCGUUAAUAUUAUAGUUAAUGUUAGAGAUUCAGGCAGGGGUUUAUUAUCUAACAUUCAACUUAAAUUAAUUCUUAUUUCCAAUUCACGAUUUCUAACCCAAAAAUUCGAGAGUUCCCGAUUUUCUGGAAUCUGGACUACAGGAAGCCUUAAAGUUGACCUUAAAAUCUUAUUUUUACCCUUAAG